AUGGGCAAUGCCUGCUGCAACGAUGCAAAUAAUAAAGAUAAGCAUGACAAGUAGUUUAAAGAUAAUCAGCCUUCAAAGCUUGAUCCUGCGAUGAAAGAUUUAAUGGAUGAGGCCGAGAAGCAUCCAGAUUAGAUCUUGAAGAUUCAGGCCGGUUUCAGGGGGAUGAAGGCCAGAAAGGAAUAUAAAAAUAUGAAAAAAAAUAAUAAUUCCAGUAGAAACAACCCGAGAGCAAGUGCUCGAAGUGGAAGAGGGUCUAGGAGAACUGACAUGAGAAAUGGUGCUGCUAUUGCAAGAUAAUUAAAUGAAAUGCCUGAUUACUCAAAUCCAGCUACUAAGGCAACUGAAGCUAAACUUGGAAAAUUCGACUAUGACCAGCCAUCCUCACCCAGCUCAAAGAAUUUAAUAGAAAGAGGUCCUUACGAACUAGAUAACGGUGCUAUAUAUGUCGGUGAGUGGACAAAAGAUGGCUUGAGACACGGGAGAGGCCUGUAAAUAUGGAAGGAUGGCUCUAAAUAUGAGGGCUAUUGGAAAAAUGACAUGGCUAACGGUAAGGGUAGACUAAUUCACUCAGAUGGUGAUGUCUAUGAGGGAGAAUGGCUUAACGAUAAAGCUCAUGGUCGAGGAACUUACAUUCACAUGGAUGGUGCUAAAUAUACUGGAGACUGGAGAGAAGAUAAGCAACAUGGAUUUGGUGUGGAAACAUGGCCAGAUGGUGCUCGUUAUGAGGGUAAUUACGAGUACGGAAAGAAACACGGUACCGGUACAUUCAAAUGGGCAGAUGGAUCCAUGUAUAUUGGAGAAUUUUAUAACAAUAAUAUCCAUGGAAAAGGUGUCUACACUUGGAGCGAUGGUAGAAAAUAUGAAGGUGAAUGGAGAAACAAUAAAAUGCAUGGCAGAGGAACCUUUGCUUGGGCUGAUGGUCGUAAGUAUGUAGGUGAGUACAUUGAUGAUAAAAAGCAAGGCUAUGGAGAAUUCAUUUGGCCAGAUGGCAGAUCAUACAAAGGUGACUGGCUAAAUGGUAAACAGCAUGGUAAAGGUGUGUACAUUACAUCCUAAGGAGCGGAAAAAUUUGGAGAAUGGAAAGAAGGAAAAAGAAUUAGAUGGAUUGGUAGAGGAGAAGGAGAACAAUGA